AUGACCUCAGCAGCACACCGUUACCUCGCGCAAGCCAUGGUCAAGCCGCACUGGCUCUCGGCCAGAGCGUUCUGGUACCGGCGCGCCGCGGCCUCCGACGGCGCAACCCAGUUUCUCUCUGUUGACGCCGAAUCGCUAUCGCAUCUGGCAGCCCACCGCCCGGCCUUUAACCAUGCCGCCCGAGUUACGAAGCUCGCCGAACAGACCAGGCAGGAAAUCAAGCGGGCCUCCAUCCCCUUCGCCUGGAUUAAGCUGGACGGGGACGUCGCAGCCGUGCGGUUCCGCCUCGAUGGCAGGGUGUUCCAAAACACCAACUCUUAG